AUGAGUAGUCCAGCCCCAAAUCUUCAAUACAAAUCAAGACAUGGGGAAAGAUCAGCCAAACCUUCUGCCGCCCAAUCUCACCCAAGAUAUUCAUCCCACUCAGGAGAAUCAGUUCGCUCAGGAGGAGUUUCAAAGCAUCUUAAUAACAACCUUCAUCAUCCAUCGGAUACCCAAACAACACCACGUCCUCAAAGAGAGCUUCCAAUACACGUCGAUUCCAAUCAUUAUCGCUCGGUGAAUGCGCAAGUACAGCCAAAUCUUCAAAGAGCAGAUCCAAUGCACAUGGACGCUGGUCUUCGUCGCCCGAUGAACGCUCGAGCGCCACUACAUCCGCAACGAGAAGCUCCCAGGUACUCUGAUCCCGUACCUCAGCACCCAUCAAAUUUCCAAGGGCAACCAGCACAGCAAGAGCAUCCUAAUGAAGGUGGGCGUCGAGUUCGGCCUAUUCCCCCCCAGUUAGUUGUUCCUCCCGCGAACUCAAGAUCUCUUCCUCAAGAAUUUAAUGUUCCUAGACGAAGUGUCACUGAGAGUCAGAGACGGGAACGGCCCCCACCAGUUAUAAUAGCCGAUACAAGCGAUUCUGAAGAUACCAAGGGUCAACAACGCUCGCCAAGCCCACUUCGUUUCAAAGAAAGAAGAGGUUCACCGUCAAAAGACGGAAGAAAUCCUGGAAAGCAACUUUACUACGUUCGCCCACCUCGCCCCAGUUUGUUCAAAAGCAGUAAGAUGGAUGGCAAAUCGACAGAGAAAAGCAAAACAGAUUCUGGUAAGAAAACCUUAGGUAGAAUUCGGGUGCGUGAAUACGGUAUUACCCAGCAGGGCACAAAUAAUAGCAAGGCCUGGAAGCCUUCCUCCAAGGUAUUUGGAUAUUCAUGGGCGCCCGGUGACAACUUUGUAACGCGUAAAAAACGAGAAAAUUCGAAAAUCCAGACACUCGAAGGAUCACUAACAUACAGUGAGUGCCCAUUCCCAGAUAUACAUGUGAAAGUGUUGCAUAAUGAAUUCCCUAAUUCGUUAAAAGAUUCCAGAGCUCAUGGGACAUAA